UAAAUAGGCCGGAGCUCUUUAAGCUCUUUAACUACCUCUACCUUCCCUCUUCACAGUAAUAGUACAGAUCUCCUCUUGUCUCUACGUUUGUCUCUUCGCCUGCUUUGUUUCUUUGGUUCUCUCACAUUGUCUGGAGAAUCUUCAACAACAAAGCAAAUACCAAAGAAGAAAACUGUCGUGGAAUGGCUACCGCAUACACGCCAAAGAACAUCCUCAUGACAGGAGCUGCUGGUUUCAUUGCAUCUCAUGUGUGCAACAGGCUCAUCCGGAACUACCCUGAUUACAAGAUUGUUGUUUUAGACAAGCUUGAUUAUUGUUCAAACCCUAAGAACCUCAAUUUCUCGAAAUCAUCUCCCAACUUUAAGUUCAUUAGAGGAGAUAUUCUCAGUGCUGACUUGGUCAACUUCAUUCUCCUAACUGAAAACAUUGAUACUAUUUUGCACUUUGCAGCACAGACUCAUGUCGAUAACUCCUUUGGCAACAGCAUUAAGUUCACUGAGAACAACAUCCUGGGUACUCAUGUUCUUUUGGAAGCCUGCAAAACCACUGAUCGAAUCAAGAGGUUUAUACAUGUAAGUACUGAUGAGGUUUAUGGAGAAACUGAUGAGGAUGCAAUGGUGGGAAACCAUGAGGCAUCUCAGCUCCUGCCGACUAACCCAUAUUCUGCCACUAAAGCUGGGGCAGAAAUGCUUGUUAUGGCAUAUGGCAGGUCUUAUGGUUUACCUGUGAUAACUACUAGAGGAAACAAUGUUUAUGGGCCCAAUCAAUUUCCUGAAAAGCUGAUUCCAAAAUUCAUCCUCUUGGCAAUGAGAGGACAACCUCUUCCAAUUCAUGGGGAUGGAUCAAAUGUGCGGAGCUAUCUCUACUGUGAGGAUGUUGCCGAGGCAUUUGAAACUAUUCUCCACAGAGGUGAAGUAGGCCAUGUGUACAAUAUUGGGACGAAGAAAGAAAGGAGAGUGAUUGAUGUGGCCAGGGAUAUCUGCCAACUUUUCUCUUUGAACCCGGAUACCCAAAUUAAGUUUGUGGAGAAUAGGCCUUUUAAUGACCAGAGAUACUUCCUGGACGAUCAAAAACUGAAAGACCUGGGUUGGCAUGAACGGACUACAUGGGAAGAGGGUCUGAAGAAGACAAUGGAAUGGUAUAUUAGCAAUCCUGAGUGGUGGGGUGAUGUUUCUGGUGCACUUGUCCCCCAUCCAAGAAUGCUGAUGGUGUCUGGAACUGAGAAAGAAUUUGAUGGGCUUGAUAUUGGAAAUUCCGCUUUGACAAAUAAUUCUAGUCAAAGCAGAUUAACGAUGGUUCCAGCCCCUAAAAGUAAGGAGUCACUGAUAGAAAAUAAUGGCUUCGAACCAAACAAGAAAACUUCUUUCAGUGGAGUGGCAAAUUAAGCAUUUCAUCAAGUUAAACCCCAAGAUUGAUCUCUGCACUUCUUUGGGUCAUAGGGUUUGGAAUAUUUUAUUGAGUAAUGCUAUAUUUACACCACCCAUUACACCAUUUUCAUGGCAUAUCCCACAUUCACACAAAUUUUUAAUUAUUUUAAAUUUUUAAUAUUAUAAUAAAAUAAUUAUUAGUAAAAUAGU